AUGCCCGGGGCGGGGCGCGGGGCGGGGCGGGGCGCGGGGCGGGAGCGCGGAGCCGGCUCCGGGGACGGCGGCGGCGGCGGCGGCGCCCAGGCCGCUGGGGUGGCGGCGGCGGCGGCGGGAAGCGGAGCGCGCCCCGCGCCGAGGAGCCGCAGCAGCCGGGCUGCUCUGCCUACCAGCACCGGUGUGCUCUCCCCGGACCCAUUUGUGCUUGCCCCGGGUGGCCCCGGAGUCUCCUUCACACACGGCUUCUACAGAUGCAUGCCAAAACUGGACGGCAGCCGUGGUCUCGAGCAUGGCCGCGAGCGUCGAUGGACAGCGCUAAAGAUCCAGCCUGGCUCCAGCCUUCCCGGGUCCCUCGGCUCCCCGCAGGAUGGGAGGCUGGGCACUGGGCACCUGGCCAUGAAGGAUCACAGCGCCUCUCAGCCCAAGCCCAGCCCCUCCCCGCUCAGGGAUACCCCUGAUCAAAACCCAGCCAUGGACUCAAGACCCAGCGGCCCCAGUGGGGUUGAGGAAGGGGCCCUCUGCUCUGAGGGUCCUUCUGGGGGCAUGGCCUGUCCUUCUUCUACCUGCACCCCUCCCCCAGGACCCACCACCAAGGAGAUCCUGGCAGCAGAUGCCGCCUUGGUCUUAGGGAGCCCAGAGACUGCUUUGGCUGGGCUGCCAGAGUCCAGGUCCCCCGUGAGCCCUGUCCCCACCUCCUCGGAGAACAGAAACCCCACGUUCUUGGAAGAGAUGGAUUCUAAAUCCUCCACGCAGGCACGCCCUGCUGCCAUGGGGAAGGAAGAGUCUGAGUUCUCCAAGGCAGAGCCUCUGUUGAUGGAAAAGAGUGAACCUGCUGUCUCUACUCCGAGCGAUGCUUCUGGAAGGAUGGGCUCUCCACAUCCCAAGAAAGAGGAGCCUGAAUCAGUGGGAAAGGCAGAUCCUGGAUGCACCGGCGAGGUAGACCUGGUGUCUCCAAGCCACCAGGGCGGCUCUGAGUCUUUGCAAAAGGUGGGCGCUGUGUUUCCAAGCAAGGAGCAGCCUAAGCCCCCCCUAUCUUCAGAGGAGAUGGUCCCUGCUCCAACGAGGAAGGAAGAUGUCAUGUCUUUGGGGAAACACGAUCCGGGACACCCUGCAGAGGUGAAUCCUGCGUCCUUAGGAAGUACCGAACACACAUGCACAGGAAAGACCCAACGCACAGCCACAGGACAGACAGGAGAUUCUGGACUCUCCGGGAAGCCUGAAUCUUCUGGAAUAGGGGAUCCUGAGCCCACCAGAAGGGUGGAGGAUACCAAACACUUGAGAUCUGCAGCACCUCCAUCUCUGGGAAAUGCAGAAACCAGGUCCCCCACAAGAGAGGACUGUGGGUCCCUGGGAAAGGGGAGCCCCACCUCCUCAGGAGAAGGACAUCUCGUACCUGUGAGGCUGACCGCCGCUGGAGAGAUGGAUCCUGGGAAAGACCCCACAUCUGCCGUGAAAAGUGGGGGGUCUGGACCUUGCGGUGAGCCAGGCGCUGUCUCCUCGGGAGAGGUGGAGGGGCUGGUGUCCCCAGGAAAGCCACCCCAGCCCUCGUCUCCAGGACAGGCAGAAGAACGGGGGUGGGCAGUGGGAAAGCGGGGGACCACUGACCCUUCGGGGAACCCCGAGUUUCCUGGGAGGGCGGAGCCCACGGCAGCCCUGGGAAAUGUCACAACGUCGUCGUCGUUGUCAUCAUCUUCUGGCAAGGCCAGGCCUGUGUCCUCGGGUCCUGGGGGACCCCGAUCCCCGGGGACAGGGGGUCCCCCGUGCGCUGUCGAGAACAUCCCAGGGCCGGAAGGGAAAGCGGAGCCCCGGGCCUCGGCCCCGUCUGGAGACCCCAGGAACGCCACGACGACGCCCAAGGAAAAGGGGGGUCCCCCGCUGACCCCCGACAUCCAGGGGGACCCCACCACGGAGGAGGCGGAGAUCGGGGCCUCCGGGAAGGCCCAGCCCGAGGCCGGGGACCCUCCGGCCGCCCAGCGCCCCGGGCAGGAGCGCACCCCAUCUUCCCAGCCGCGGGGGGCGGCGGGGUCCCCCGCGUCCCCGACUCCCGAGAAGGAGCGGCAGCCCGCGGGGCCUCCGGGAUCCACAGACUCCACGACGAUGACCACGGGGCCGCGGACCCGGGACAACUUCACCAAGGCGCCGUCGUGGGACGCGGGAGGCUCGCCGCCGGGCCCCGCGCGCGAGGACGCGGGCACGCAGGCCGAGGCGCGCGCCUGCGUGUCGGUGGCCGUGAGCCCCAUGUCCCCCCAGGACGGCGCCCCGCCGGGGACCCCGGCCUUCAGCUUCCAGGGCCCCCCGCGCCGCCGGGACGCGGGGCUGCAGGUGUCGCUGGGCGGCGCCGCCGCCAUCACCGAGACGCGGUCGGUGGCCACGGGGCCCAUGACCCCGCAGGCCGGCGCGCCGCCGCCCGCCGCCGCCGCCGCCUUCCCCGAGGUGCGCGUGCGGCCCGGCUCGGCGCUGGCGGCCGCCCUGGCGCCGCCCGAGGCCGCGGAGCCCGUGCGCGACGUGAAGUGGGACGAGAAGGGCAUGACGUGGGAGGUGUACGGCGCCGCCAUGGAGGUGGAGGUGCUGGGCCUGGCCAUCCAGAAGCAUCUGGAACGGCAGAUCGAGGAGCACGGCCGCCAGGGGGCCCCCGCGCCGGCCCCCGCCGGGGUCCCCGCCGUCCCCGCCGCCGCCGCCGUCCCCGCCGCCCCCCGCGCGGGUCCCGGCCGCGCCGGCUCCGUGCGCAGCGCGCCCCCGCCCGAGCCCGAGCCCAAGCGCCCGCCCGGCCUCUUCCGCGCGCUGCUGCAGAGCGUGCGCCGGCCGCGGUGCUGCUCGCGGGCCGGGCCCACGGCCGAGUGA